GUAAAUUCUCGUAAUCCUAGAAGGCCACCUCCUAGCUCAGUCAAUACAGGAGGCAUAACUGAGAUCAUGGCUGAAGGAGGAGAGCUAGAAUUUGUCAAGAGAAUCAUUCAUGAUAGCUUGCAACUUAAAAAAAGAUUACGGUGGUAUAGUUGUAUGUUGGGAAAGAAAUGCAGCUUGGCACCAUUGAAAGAAGAACUACGAAUCCAUGGAGUCCCUAAGGUCACCCACACUGAAUUCUGCCAAGGUCGUACUAUGCGGUGGGCCCUAGCUUGGAGCUUCUAUGAAAAUGUCAAAGUUCCAUCACCUCCUUCUAAGAAAAGGAAACUAGAAAAACCUCGGAAACCAAUUACAUUUCUCGUCUUGGCAUCUACAGCCAAAGAGUUAGCUAUGAAAGCAUCAUCUGUAGGAAUCAAUGCUGUGGAAGGACUGGGAGUUGUUGCAGCAUGGAUUAGAAAACUCCUCACCGACCUGAAGGUUCAGCAUAAAACUCUUCCCUGUGGAAAAGAUGAGGUCAGCUUGUUUCUGACAGCUGUGGAAAAUUCCUGGAUUCACUUAAGGAGAAAAAAGAGAGACAGAGUCAGGCAACUGCGUGAACUUCCUCGAGCAUCUGAAGAUUUCCUGCAGCCAACAGAAGAAAAGAAUCAGAAAACAUCCAGCAGCAUCUCUGAGUGUGAAGGAAACACAGAUGGAACUACUGAAAAAUCAUCUGUGGAACUUUGUCAUGACGUUGAGUCACCAGAGGGUGAUGGACUCAAUAACGUACCUGCAGUUCAAGAGGAAAAUGUCCAGGGAUGCACUGAGGAAAGCAGCAGCACAGAGGAACUACCGUUUAUUUCAGAAUUCAAAGAUUCCAGUAAUCAAAAGGAAAGGACCAAGGCCUUUGCUACUGAUAUCCUGGCUCUUGAAACUGGACAGAAUGAUAGUACUUCAGGGGAAUGGUUCCUUUUCAAGUGUGUGUUAAUUGUGAAGAAAGAAGGCCCUGAUAUUUUAGUAGAAAUGCAUUGGAUUGAUGGACAGAACAGAGACUUAAUGAAUCAACUGUGUACCUACCUAAAGAACCAGAUGUUUCGCUUGAUUACAACUUAAGGACAUGUGGAUGUAUGGAGGAAUUAUCCUUAUUUUUGUAAUCUUUUAUAUUUAAUAGCAUUCAUAAUGGUAUCUCUUUUAAAGGUAAUAGUUUCUAAAAACUUCUGAAACAUGAAGUUUGAGGGAUUUAUGAUUACUUAAAACAAAAAAUUAAUUCUGCUCACUUUCCAUUGAAAUCAUUCAGAUUAGUUAUAACUGUCUUUUCCUACUGAUUUCAGUGAGUCAUAAAUGUAACUAGCUUAGACUGGAUCAGUCUCCCUAUAAUCAUCACCUUUGUGUAAUAGAUUUUUAGCAUUUUUGUUUCAGCCACAUAUGAAAGAGCAGCACUGUAUUAUAAUUAAAAAGAAACUGUUGUGAAAUUGUUGUCAGCUUUUCCAACUGCUCAGAAAUUGCUUUAUAUCCAUAUCUUGCCCUCCUUGACAGAAGUGCUCCCACAUAUUGGAUUGCUAAUAAAGCAAUAAUAAUCUCCUCAGCUAUGAAAGAACAGAGGUUGGGCAAAAAUGCCUCUUAGAUUCUUUUGCUAUAGAAUUGAGAAAACUGUACCUUUUGUUCUCUGGUGUAUCUUGAUAAGUUUUAAACAUAAAGUUGUAGUGCUCAGUUACUGAAAGCAGAAUCCAAGGUUUGGAGUGCCUCAUUGUUAUAAUAAUUUAUUGCAAGGGUGCAAAAUAGGUGGUCAGUGGGUCAGGCAGAGCACACUAAUAUUGCCUUUGUAAUCCUCUAGACUUGGCAAGGCUAAUAAUUUACCCCAUUUGGGGGGGGGGGAAUUUGAGCAAAUGUAAGGGAUAAAAUGGGAAUCUUACAAAGACUUACGAUACCCAUUUCACCCUUGAGACCCCCCUCCCCCCCAACCAGGCCCGUUUUGGUUCCUGGCCUUGUUUAUUUUGGAGCAAAGUCCUCAACUUAUGAACAGAGCCUGAUGUAAUCCUCAGUCCAAAUGAAAUUGUGUAUUAAGUUUUAGUUACCCAUUUGUAUGGUAUGAAACAAGUCAGUUGUAAUAUUAGGAGUAAGGUUUAGUGAACUCACUGGCCUUACUGAGGGAUCAUAUCUCACUUAAUAUGCUAAGACAUGAAAGAGCAUUUUACAAACAAGUUUUCAAAUUAAUAACAGUAUGAAUCACUGUAUUUUCAUAUCUAUGGAAGAACCAUGAGAAAAGUAUCCACAAAAUAUGCUAUUGCAAUUAAAAUCCAGAAGAUGAAACAUUUUGCUGAAGGUGUAGUGCAAAUGGUACUUAUUUAAAGUAUGAUUGGUGGAUAUAUAUAAAUUUAGAACUGUGCUGAUGUGGUAAAAAUCCAAGUGAAAUUAGCUGUAAAUUAUAUGUGAACCUUUUGACCUUGUUAGGUAAAGUUAAAUAUUAAAAAAGAAAAAAAUAUAUAAACAGUUUGCUUACUGACUGCAUACUAAUUGAAAAUCCUUAGAAACGACUGAGGAAUUGCAAAGGCUUGUCAUAUACAGUUAAUAUCUUAUAAACAAUUAUUGAAUGAAUUGAAAAUUAAAUCAUUUUAGAGAAUUGACAAACAUGGCAAAUAUUGGGUGUUAAAUGAAUCUAUCCAUGUUAAAAAGUUAAGUCAAGAAGUAUUUUAUAUGCUGAAUAUCAUGAAGAUAUUUGUGUAAUAAGCUAACUUAUUAAGUUAUAUCUUUAAUAAGUUACCUUAUAGCCAUAUAUAACAAUUUAAUCUAACUGACCCUCUCUUUUUGUAUGUAAUGACUUUUUUUUACUUCAUAUAAUACAUUUUUAAUAGUAACUGCUUCUUCCUCCCAAUGAAGAAGUCAUGUGUUUAUGCUUUCUACCGCCAUCUGGUGCACAUUUUGUGCAAUUGUGACUGUUUACUGUAGUUUCCUUGUUCAGUGCUUGCCAUCUGGUUAUCAAAGUAUGCAACUUCACUAAGUUUGUCCCAUUCUGCUGCCAUCUGACUGCUAGCCUUGUCUUCUGCCAACUACAGUCUUCAAAGAACUGUACCACAAGCACAAAUCAUUGAUACCCACUUUUUGAGAAAGAUAUCCACAAAUAUAACCUCUCCUUCAGUGCAGCUGCUUAUCAGGGAAUUAGGGUCUUUUGCAGCCAAUAUCAUAGACUGCUUGGCCUUAUGCCUCAUCAAAUGGAGAGGAAUUAAUUAACGUAAUUCAAAUGCUCCUUUGUCAGUUUGCAAGAGGUACUUGGAUCGUCAUUGCAAAGUACCAGCCAGUACCAAGAAGUCAACUCCAGCAGUGAAAUGGUGCCAAUGUACUCCAAAUUAUUUUUCCUGAUUCUUUUUGGCUGGUUUGAUCUAGGAAGAGGGUGGGGGGAAUCGACAAACACCAAAUGCUUGCAUAUUCUUCAGUGAGCCUGUCAGGCCAUACAUUGCAGGGGCCAUGAAUAAA